AACGUUAUUGUAUUUUCGCAAUUAAAAAGAAAAAAAAAAGAAAAGAAAAAAUCUGUCCGUCCAAUUUGGGGGUAAGGGUUUUCAAAACCUACAAAUUUUGAUCACAAAUUGUUCACAAUUUUCGCGCGAAAAGAUGGAUCCUGAAGGGCAUAGAGGGUCUUCAAAUCCAGCUGCAAUGCUUGCAAAUCUCUUAAACAAAAGAGCCAAGCUGCACGAGGAACUUCGUGUUAUCGAAAGACAGGUUUAUGAUCUGGAGACAAGCUAUUUGCAAGAUCCAGGCCAGUGCGGCAAUGUAUUGAAAGGUUUCGAAGGGUUUCUAUCUUCAUCUAAGAACACUGCACUCUUGAAACGGUCUAGGAAGUUCCAGUCUGAAGAUAGGCUCUUCUCAUUGUCUUCAGUUACCUCACCAGCUGCUGAAGAACAAGCAGCUGGACGAGAUGAUGGGAGAUCAGAAUUUGGAGUAGGUCGAUCCAAGGGUGGAGGCAUAUACGCAAACGGACAAGGAAAGCCAAAGAAGGGAAGAGGUGCAUCAAGAGAUUAUAAAAGGAUCAGGCCUUCAGCUGAUCCAGAUUUUGAUUAUGAUGAUGAUGCAGAUUUGACAUUGUGAAAUUGGUUGCAUAAGAUGAUAUGCUAGUUGGCCGUUGCAUGUUCUAGGUCUUGGAGCAGAAAUCCCCGUGGUAUAUUCAUCACUUCUGUUGUGAGUUACCGUUCAAGCAAGCAAACCUACAUGUACUGUAAUGCUUUAUUACGCGGUGUAGAUCCUAGAGCUGAAUUCCUUGUGUAUAUUCUUCUUAUUCGGCUUGAGUUACGGUGCGUUCAAGCAAACAAACCCCUUUUCAUGAGUUAUUUAAUAACUGUUAUCUUGGCA